CGUUAUAUAUAUGUUAUACGCUGUUGCCAAGAAGCAAGAUGAUAUAUUAUUUCUCAACUUACUUGCCUGGUAAUUAAUGGAGGCCAGCAAGUCUGUUUUUGGUGGACUGGCUAGAGAGAGGUGUUGGGGAGACAGCAAUGGAGAGUUGUACCAGUGGCAAGGCUUCUGGUACUUGCAGCCUCAUCUUGAAGCAGCCAUAGCUGCAAAAUCAAGGUUUCAGGCCCAUGAUGAAGAUAUUCUCUUAGCUUCUUCUAUGAAGACAGGCACCACUUGGCUCAAAGCUCUUAUACCAUGCAUUAUGAACUAUAAGGGUCCAAGUGAAGAUAAUGAUCCUUUAAUCAAGCACCACCCAAAUGCUCUUAUACCAUCUAUAGUCCAGAUUUUCCAAGAAGAUCUUAACCCUGAUCUCUCUAUUAUCCCUUCUCCAAGACUCUUCAGAACCCAUUUGCCAUUCUCCAUGCUCUCAGAUUCUAUCAAGAACUCUGCCUGCAAAAUUGUCUACAUCACUCGAGACCCUAAGGACACGUUUGUGUCUCUCUGGCACUUCAUGAACGCCAAGGCAAGGCUAGAGGAAGAAGAAGCAUACCCUUUAAACGAGGCGUUUGAGAGCUUCUGCAAAGGGAUCCAUCCGUUUGGGCCUUUCCACGAUCAUGUGGUGCAGUAUUGGAAGGAGAGCUUAAAAAAACCUGAAAGAAUACUGUUCUUGAAGUAUGAAGAGUUGAAGAGAGACCCAAAAGGGCAAGUGCAGAAACUAGCAUCCUUUCUUGGAAGGCCUCUGGUUGAAGAAGUAGAUGUUGACGAUGUACUGUGGAGGUGUAGCUUUGAAAGGCUUAAGGACUUGGAGGUGAACAAAGUUGGCGUAGAUCCUAGAGUUGGAUUUGCUCAUAGCUCUUAUUAUAGGCGUGGCUUGGUUGGUGACUGGAAGAACCACUUAACAAUGGAGAUGAAAGAGAGACUUGACAAGAUCACAAGAACAAAACUGGAGGGUUCUGGUUUAGAUCUUUAAUUAAAAUGCUUCAUCUUCUUAAACUUUUCAACUCCAUGCAUGCAUUGAUUAGGUAGAGAUUGAAUAAAUGUCAGCUUAUCCUUCUUGGGUGAUUAUGUUGGUGAAAUUGGGUUUAUGAAUAAUCAAGUUCUUAUUUUAUCAGUGGAUUGUGUUGUUUUAAUAAUUAUGUAGCAUUAAAAAUGCAUAAAUUCAAUAUGAGCUAGCUCAAAUUGAGAAAUUUUUGAAUUAAAAUAUAAUAUUGUUUUUGUUCUGGAU